AUGGACCUGAAGGUUUUUGUGGACACGGACUCAGAUGAGCGUCUCUCCCGACGUCUUCUGCGAGACACGUGCUUUCGUGGUCGCACUGUUCCUGACAUCCUUCUGCAGUACAACUCCGGUGUUAAACCCGCUUACGACCAGUACAUUGCACCCACAAUGUCCAUUGCUGACAUCAUCGUGCCCAGGGGUAAGUCUUUCUUCUGGAUCCCUACUUUCUGCCUGGGGAUGAACGUCAUCGGGGGGAGAGAUGGAAAAAGAGAAUGGCGUUUCUGAUUUCUUUCAAGCUCCUCUAGGGGGGAAAUGCAGUUCCUUGAAAUCGGGAAUUGCGACUUGAAGGUCCUGUCGCAGUCAGUGUUUGUGAAUAAGUUGCCAUGAUGCAUUCGCCCGCAUCCAUUCUGUGCGUUGACUGCCUAUUCUGACAUCAGGCUUGGGAACCCACGGAGAGGUUCUUUUUGGUGUUAGACCGAAAAGUGGGCCUAUCAGUUGUGUUACUCACGUUGAACGGAGGCUGAAUGCCACGUCAGUCGCUGUGCCCGAUCUCAGCUCUAGUCGGCUUGACUCGGGUUCCCCUGUGACACGUGAUUGGGAUGGGGUGAGGCAGGAUGUGAGGGGUCUGUCCAACUCGGACCUGGCACCUAUCUUUCGCACGGGUUGCUUCAUAUCAGAUGAAGGAUCCGAGAUGUUUUUAACACGACAGUGACCUUGCCAUGUGGCCCCGGAUGGUUGUCCCCUUUUCAUUGGGCACGAAAAGCCCGCUGGCUGUUUCUGAGACGUUUUCAGCGUGCAAACGCGUUAGCCGACAUGUGGAUCCCUGACGGCCUUAUCUCUCGUUACGAUUUUGCAUAUGCCUGUUGAAAACCCUUCAGCGGAAGCCACUAAAUCUAACUAACCGCAGAAAGUGUUUUUACCGGACCUUUGUCUACCAGUUAACGAGGCCAGAGCGUUGACCGUAUCGCAGCCUCCUCCUUGCGGUCGUGGGUUGGAGUCCCACCGAGGUCGCCGUGUUUUUUUCGUAGUUGGAUUAAAACAAAUAACUUAUUUGGACUAAAUGAGCGCGCCCGCCGAAUAUGCUCCGAGCACAUACAGUGCGUGACUGAUCUCAUGAAAUGUUGGCCCAAAUUCUGAAAUGCGUUUUCGAUUGGGAAGGAGUACUUAUGCGGGGUUAUAAUAAUGAUAAGUAUGCAGCAUAAGCCUGUAGCAUCUCGGACUCACCGGGAUGUCGGCUUUUGGAUGCACUCCUUUUUGACCUGCAGAAACUGCACUUUGUAAAAAAUGACUACUUAGGUAGCAUUCAUUUUUCCUAUUGAUUUUCGAUGGUCUUCUAAAUUCGAAUAGUAGGUAAAAAUGACUACUUAAGUAGCAUACAUUUUUCAACAUUGAUUUUCGGUGGUCUUAUAAAUUCAAAUACAUUUUAUAUAAACAUGCACAAAAUAUGCCUUCUUUUACUCCUCUGGCAGAAAAUUACAUUAUCUUGAUAGUUUAUACCCGAAGAAAGUGUAUAUUUAGGUUUUAAAAAAGCUUAUAAUUAUGAGAUUUUUAAGACCGUGCGAUGUACAUGCAUGCAGGACCGCAUAUAUCCGUUAACCAAUGCUCCUACUAAAAUGCACAACACAGUCCGGAUCGAUUGAGAAAUUUUAGGAACUCUACGUGGUACCUUCUAGAAGGCGUAGAGGAAUAUAGGAUUUUCCUUACUCGGAAAGUGUGCACCUUGUAAACUGAAAUCGCCAAAUUCUAAUGCAAUGACAGAUCAGGCUCAAAAUUAUUCGGAAAUUGGAAAACCCUCUUAAAACCUAAAUGUGCAUUUUUUCGGUUGCACAAUAUCAAGACAAUGUGAUUUUCUAUCACAGGAGUAAAGGAAAGCAUAUUUUUGUGCAUCUUUUCUAUAACAUUUGAAAUUACAAUGGGAAAAUGCAUGUUACUUAAGUAGUCAGUUCUUGCCGAGUUUAGUUUCUGCAAGAGAUCAGAAAGAAGUGCAUUCAAAAGCCGACAUCCUGGCGAGUAUGGAACAUCAUAGGAUUGAUCAUCAAUAUUGCAACGGUGCCCAUAAUCGAAAACGCAUUUCAGAAUUUCAGCCAACAUUUACUGAGAUCGGUCACGCACUGGACCUGCGGCCAUAAUGAUAUGUCCUGUCGGCUGCGAUCGGAACUACAGUGAGUGACCGAUCUCAUGAAAUGUUGGCUGAAAUUCUGAAAUGCGUUUUCGAUUAGGAAGGAUUACUUAGGCGCGGUUGUAAUACUGACUAUCUUGCGGCAUACUCUUAUAAUAUUUCGGACUCGGCAGGAUGUCGGCUUUUACAUGUACUUCUUUUUAAUCUCCUGUAAAAAGCGUGCUCGGUAAAAAAUGACUACUUAACUAGCAUGUAUUUUUACCAUUGAUUUUCGAUGGUCUUGGAAAUUCAAAUAUAUCUUAUAGAAACCAUAAACAAAAAUAAGCUUUCUUUUAGUCAAUUAAUAGAGAAGCACGUCUUCUUUAUAUUUUGUACUUAAGGAAGGAGUAUAAUUAGGUUUUAAAAAAGUUUUCUAAUUGCCGAAUAAUUUGGAGCCUGAUCAUUCGCUGCAUUAGCGCUUGGUGAUUUUACUCUACAAGGUGCCUGCAUUCCGCGUAAAGAAAGUCACAUAUUUUUCUAUGCCAUUUAAAAGAUAUCAUAAAGAGUCCAUAAAAUUUUACAAUGGAUGCGGUCCAUUUUGUACAUUUCAUGAGGAGCAGUGGUAAACGACCAGGUACGAUGCUAUGUGAAUGGACAUAUCGUGGUCUUAAAAAGUCUCAUAAUUAGAAAUUUUUAAAACCUAAUCAUACUCCUUCCUUAAGUAUAAAAUAUAAAAAGACGUGAUUCUCUAUUGAUUGACUAAAAGAAAGCAUAUUUUUAUUCAUGGUUUCUAUAAAAUAUAUUUGAAUUUCCAAGACCCUCGAAAACCAGUAGGGAAAAAUGCAUGCUAGUUAAGUAGUCGUUUUUUUACCGAGUACGCUUUUUACAAGAGAUCGAAAAGAAGUGCAUUUAAAAGCCGACAUCCUGCCGAGUCCGGAAUGUUAUAAGAGUAUGCCGCAAGAUAAUCAGUAUUACAACCGCGACCAAGUAAUCCUUCCUAAUCGAAAAGGCAUUUGAGAAUUUCAGCCAACAUUUAAUGAGAUCGGUCACGCACUGGAUCUGCGGCCAUAAUGGUAUGUUCUGUCGGCUGCGAUCGGAAAUAUUAACUACAUCUGGAUGUGUGUUCAGCCGAUGGGGUUACGGGACCUGCUCGUCCCGUUGUUGCCUGUGGUUUAA